CGAGUUUUUUUUUCAAAUCGAUUCUACAGAUUCCUCUCGUAAUUCCGACGUGUUUUCCCAAAAAAAUGCUCAAUUAAGUGAUCCCAAUUCGCUUCCGCCAAUGUACAAACUAGUCCAAACCAGCUCCGGCCUGUGCCGGCUGCUGUCGGGUCUUUCGCUCGGUCGCGUCGCGUCAUGUGGCUUGCGUCAUCGGCUCUGGACGGGACCGGUGCGGGCGAACCGCGGCGACGAUCUGCACCUGCCGGGUGAGACUGUAAUAGACGCGACGGCCGUCCAGUCGGCGACGGCCUUGUGGCGCAAGGAGGAACUGCUGGAGCGGAUCAACGGGUUGAUGCCGUGCAGUGCGGAGGAUUUGGAGCGGAUCUACAAGGUGAACCGGAAGACGCUGCGGAACAUUCCGCCGAAGGCGAUUACGGACAAUGUUGCGCUGCUGCUGGAGCGGGGGGUUAGCGAGCGGGUGAUACUUGGCUUUCCGAAGCUGCUGUCGAUUGGGACUGAUGACUUGCUGGCUCGGUUGCAGAUUGUGCAGGGUUUGAACGCUCUGGAGGACAUCAAUCAUGUGGCGCCGUUUUUGAACCUGCAGCAGAGCGUGCUUCAGAACGUGGUUGCAAUUUCCCAGAAGGAGAACAUCGAGCAUGGGAAUCGGUUGUAUUAUCUUCGGGCCAAAACGGGGGUGGAAAUUGAGACCAUUGCGCGCUAUCUGGCAACCAGCAUCCGGGUGUACAAGGUGGCGCUGGAGAAGUUCCAGCAAAAUUUGAACUAUUGUUUGCGCCACCUGGAACCGCUGGAUGUGGUGAAGCAUUUGUCCAUUUUGGCCUAUGCCAGCUCAUCGAUCGUUGAGCGAUUGCAAAUGCUGAAGAACUCCCCCCUGCAGAAGGUCAAACCGUGGAUGAUUCGAGUUCCGAACAUUGCCCUGGAGCAGACGUUCGAAAAGGUGCUUGAAAAGGGUUCCGAUCCUAGCUUUAAAGAUGCCCUCACGGAGCUGUGGUUCGAGAACCACGUUCUUAAGCGGAUCGAGGGGGUGCUGGAUUGCACGGAAGAAGAAGCAAAAAACGUGUUUGACGCCGCCAAAGGAGCCCCUCCUCUGUUGGACAACAUCGAACUUCUGUGGCAAAAGGACAUCCGGAAGGACACGAUCCUGCAAAACGCGCCCACGCUGGCGGCCAAGAAAGAAGAACUUGCGAGCAAAGUGGCAACCCUCGAGAAGCUCGUCGGUCUGCGCGACCUAAACGAUCUUAUCCCACUCUGCGCACUAAAACCGUUCCAAGUGGCCAAAAUCGUCCGCACCAUGAACAACGAAGAGCUCCCCAACGGAACCAACCGAAUCUACCACUUCGCAGACCGAGCCGGCAUCGAACCCGCCAAAGUGGCCGCCCAAUUCUCCCGCCGCAUGUUCAUGUUCCGCGUCCCAAAGGAAAGCUUCAUGCAAAACCUCGACCAGUUCAUCGCCCACAUGGACCGCGACGACGUCCUCGCCGACCUGUGGGCCUUCAAGUACUCCCCCGCCGUCGUAGCCGAGCGAAUCGCCCGAGCCCGCGAAGUGCGCGGCAAGAAGCUCAUGCCCUGGAUGGUCCGCUGCCCGGACACCGUCCUCGAAAAGUCCCUCCAAAUCACCAAGGAAAACGGCGCCCUCCUCGGCGAAAACGAAACCAUCGUUGAGUACUUUGGCCGCCGGCUCGGCUUCGACCGGGACGUCACCAACUCGAUCUUCCUCAAAACCCCCUCCGUGCGGAACGUCCGCAUCACCAAGGUCAAAAAAGUGAUCGACUUCCUGCUCGAAGAGAUGGGCUAUUCGCCGCACGAUAUCGCGCUCAAUCCGCGGAUCCUCAUGCACAGCCUGCAAACGACCAAGAAGCGUAUGGCACACCUGGAGGAGUUGGGCUGCCGGCCGCGCUCGCUGAUUGUGGUGUGCAAAAGCCAACGGCAGUACGACCUGUUUGUGAAGGAGUGGCUCGAGGCGAAGGAACGGCGGAAGAAGGCGCAGGCGAGCUGAUGAGGAGCGGUGGGGUGAGUGAAUGGUAGUUUUUGAAAAUAUAUUCAUGUUUCAAGAGA